AUGGCAAAUUUGAUCCAGUAUUCCAUUUCGAACAUUUCUGAAGCUUCACGAACAAACUGGAAUAAGACGUCCUCAAACACAAGCGAAGACGAUACCACGUCUAGAGUGCUGGGUCCAGAGUAUCAUCGUCAGAUGAGGAUUUUUCUUCUGACGUUUAUGAUUGCAACUUCUCUUUUGGGAAACGCGAUUAUGUGUUUCCACAUCAAACAAAAUCGAAGGAGGAAUCAGCGUAUCCAACUGCUGUUUAUUAACCUUGCUGUGGCAGACCUUCUUGUAACGUGUUUCACCAUGACGUCUCAGCUUGUCUGGGAAAGCAUGAGCAAAGAAUGGAUCGGCGGACCUGCUUUCUGCUCCAUCUUCAAAGUGUUGCAGACAUUCACUAUGGUUUGUUCAAACUAUCUAAUCGUUACAAUUGCCCUAGACAGACAUACAGCAAUUGUGUACCCAUUGAAAAGAAGACCCAAUACUCGAUGCUAUCUCAUCGUAGCCUGGUUAACCUCACUUAUACCCUCACUUCCAAAUGCCUACGUAUUUCACCAAUACAUCGAUCCUUCUGGAAACAGAUUCUGCGUUGCCAAAUUUUACACAGCCGAAUUGUCUCUCAGGACGCGACAAAUGUAUAUGGGAUUCGUACUUCUUUCUGUGUUUAUCUUUCCCAUUUGCCUUAUUAUUGGUCUUUACGCUAGGAUUCUGUAUGUGCUUUGGACAAGAAGUCGAGCUUUUCCCGGACAUGUAACAUCUGCAGAUUCUGUAGCCUCCAACAGCAUUCCAAAAGAAUUUAGUUGUGCUCACCCACACUAUCCAAGAGCCAAAAUUAAAACACUGAAGAUGACUCUGGCUGUCGUGGUUACAUUUCUAACCACAUCUUUGCCGUACUUAGUACAGGAGAUGAUUAUAGCAUUCGGAGAUCCAUCCAGUUUGAACGAGAAUGUUGUGGCAAUGGCUGGUAUAUUUUCAGCAUCGAACAGUACGGUUAAUCCGUACAUAUAUUUACUUUUCAAUGCAAACGCUGCUAUCGCAAAGCGAGUCGCGAACAUGAUGUGCAGUUGCUGCCUUCCUGUACAUGCCAAAUGUGAAUCUAGGAUAGAAACGAGUACCAACGCGGUGUCAGAAAUCACCCAACGACAGUUGGUUUCUGCCUGGCGAAAGCUGUGUCCAUCCCUCGCUCAAGGAGCCGGAGGUGAUCAGGGUGACACCUCUGAAAUUAUGGAUGAAAUUAUAACAACUGCGAGAGAUCUGGGAUUGGAGAGGAACGAGGAUGACAUUGAAGAGCUCAUAAUGGAACAUGAAGGUGACUUGAUGGCAGAAGAACUCCGAGAAAUCUUGAAGGAAAAACACAAAGAAACUCAGCGAAAUGUGUUUCCUUCUGAAAAAGAGGAAGACGAAAGAGGAGCAAUGCAUUUGCCAUUAAAGAUCUUUUAA